GGACUAGGCGCAACGCCAAGCUAUGUCAAUUUCAAUAAUUGAAUUGAUACUAGGCACGAAUUCGAAAUCGAGUCGUCCCUUUAAUAUCAUCAUAGAUAUUUCGACCAAUUCAUCAUCAUAUUCCGAUGAAUCUCCAUUCCAUCUAGUACUCGUACUGACCGGUUCAACCACCACUUCUAGGCGUCUUCCUCAGCAGCUCGGUUUGGUCAUCUUCUGUAGCCAUGAUCUAGAAUCUGUGAUGGUUUCGGUGCACUUCAAGAAGGUCACAAUCUGUCCACUUAUUGUAAUCUGUCUAGCUCCUGUUAAUUCCCGCACCCAAUCAAUCACAAUCUCGGAGGCUCCAGAUACUUUCGAAUUGCGAUUACCUAUGUGAAAGUAAAGCAGCAAUAUGUAGUAAGACAAGGGCAUGGGUGAACGAAAUUCUAUCGGACAUAGGUAAAGGACCUUCGGGUAGAGGUUUGAUACUAUUAAAGGCAAAGUCAUACUACAGAGCACCUACAGCAGAACCAGAAGCUGCUGUGCAAAAGGUCAUCAUCACAAAAAAGAGGGUGGGACACGAUCAUUACAAACAUGACUGGUGAAUCAUGACGUUAUCAUCAGCAGGAGCAGAUAAGCCUCCUAGGAGGCAUGUUCUGUCUUUGUUGCUUGCCUUCUGUCGUUGCGCGCCAUGCUGCAAGCGACGUCACGGCAGUGAAGAUGAAGCACACAUGGAUAUGAAGCGAGGACUGCGGGACCUUGAGGCCAACCAUCCCAGAGAAGACCGGGACAAGGGUACUAGAAAACGAGGCUCGGCAGAAGGCAAUGGUCCUGCAUCAAGUACCUCUAGAAGAUACAGUUCCUGCUGCGACAAAUUAUGUUCUUGCUGCUGUUGUCGAAGACGUCCAAAAUCAGCAUCUUCUUCGGAUGUCAUGACGCUGGACGAGAUGGAAAAGGGGUCUCUGGAAUCGUCGAUCGAUAGCAGUAUAAUACGAGAAGAACAGAGGCAGGCUGAGGUAAAAGAUGCAAGUUUUCAGAUUUAGAACGUGACGAGGAUGAAAGUCGUAAUAUCCUUCUCCUUGAUGUCAUGCUAGUCGUGGCCAAUGCUUGUUGUUCUUAUCGAAUAGUAGUCUCAAUCUCGUCCUCCAAACAACAAUUUUACUUGAUGUACUUUCAUCCUGAUUCGUUCCAUAGUUUAGUUUCCUCCCCCUACAACAGAAAGAAGCAGAGCGGGUGCGAGAACGUCAGGCUGACGAUAAACUGAAAGAGCCUCCUAAGCGACUGAAAAACACGAAAUGGCGUGUCGGAUUGGAUUACGAUCAGAGGAAGAUAAUAGUGGACCACUUGCGAGCGGAAAAAAUGCAACUAGAGGUCCAAGAGACAGGUAGAGGCAGGUUUAAGAAAGUGAAAGGAGAUGCAUCAACAUCGGAAGACGAGGACUCUGACGAUGGACAGCCAGCGAAGAAAUAUGGUAUUUCUUCUACGUCCAGUUGAAAUGGUGGGAAGUCCAUCCGUUCCAUCCGAUCUAUCCCAUCCCGGAUCUGGCACCCCUAGAAAUUACUCUAUAAUCUGGCACUUCUUCUACGUCCAGUUGCUUGUGGCACCCUCUUGCUUGUUGUGUGGACUUUUCUCAGGCUUUUUUCUGCUCAGGUAGCUAGACUGGGUAUAUUCAAUCAUGAUCUUCAUGUCAUUCUCAUUGUCACCUACUAGCAACUAAUGGCUUUAUCCCCAUCACAGAUCUCGCAACCAAGAAGCUUUUGCGGAAAAUCGACCCCUUGACAGUUGAGCAAAGACAGUGGAUUGGCGAUGGAACUACUUCUGCAACGCGUCGCGAAGACGUGAAUUUCCGCAGACUUCCUAACGUGACGUCCUUAGCUGUACCUGUUGUGUCGUGCAAUUCUAUAGGUGAAACGGGAGAAGGAGAUGGAGAACGAGAUGAUGAACAUGCUAGUGCGACUACACCUUCCUCCGAGAUGAAGCAAAGAAACAGAAGUAGAGAACAAACUCCUGACGAGGUAGUCUAUGAAAUCGGUCAAGCUGUGAACGUAUUCGAGGAAUCCGGUGGGUCGUCGACUUUGCCUCAACAGCAACUAGGAGGAAGACGAGGUGUUUGGCUAGAUGGUCGGAUAACAUGUUUCGUUAAGGCUUGAAGAAAUGCAUCAUCUUCCAAAGCAUCGAUCUUGGCCCCGUUUUGAAGAGAAAAGUGAAACCAAGAUACUGACGGAGAUGGAUUUAGUUUUAGUCAAGGUCUAACUUCGGUAUUUCGUCUACUUUUGGAGGCCUUCCCGCAGGUGCGUCCUCCGCAAGUGCACUUAGUGGAUUGAGACGGAUGAACAGUGGCGCUGCAUUGAAGCGGAUGAAUAGUGGCGCUGGGUUGCCUGGCGGUGCACGUGGAGGAUUUGAAGGGAGACAUCGGGAAGAGCCACGGAUGGCGAAUUAAGGCAUGAUCAGUUACAUUUUGUUGAGGUUCUUUGUGAUCGUGUUGAAUUGAGGGAAGAGCAGGAUAAUACAUGAUCUCGAUUUCGAUAUUGACUAGAGGAAAAAUGUGGCUGGACAACGUUCCACAUGAUUUGACGUGGAACUUCUAGCAAAAUCAGCACCACCGUGACCGUCUAAUCCAUGGGAUCCACCCUGACGAACGAUGCGCCUUUUGCUCCUGCAGUGGAUGAUCUACUAGAAAGUCGGAUGAUUGAGGUGCGGAUUGUCCGCAAUCCGAAUCGUGGAGUCAGUCAGACCGGGAAGGAGUGUGAGUAUGCAGUGUUGACGGUCGGUCAGGCGUCUUUGUUGAUGCGACCAUAUCGACAUAGUGCCGCAGCGGCUGGCGGAGGGACACGACUGGCGAACACUGCAGGUUCGUCUUCAGGGUUUAACAAAACAGGACUAGUCAGUCUAGUCUCUGGGGAGGCUUCACCUCGACGCACUUCCCCAUUUCUAGGAGGAACCACCAGAACAUCAACCAUCGCAGGUGGCACAACGUUAGAUGGCACUUCUACCAUCGAUGUCAAGUACAUCGAUCAUGAAGCACGUCUAGGAGGCGGGCGUGAGAUUUUGGAGGAGCUGGGAACCGCAGUUCGAGCGCGUGGAGCAGGAAAGAGUCCAGUAAAAGCAGCGCCGCUAACUGGUGGAACUAAGAUCUUGAUUGAGAUGACAAGGCGAAGGGAUGGAGAUCAACAUCGCGGUCAUCAAAAACAAGGUAGAAGAAGAUCUUCUCCCAACACGACAAGGACAAGAAAUGAUUCACCAUCACAACAAGUCUUCGUACGGGACCAGCAUCUGAAGGUGAAAGCUUCACGCGGUUUCUACAACACGUGGUCUCAGCAACACGAGAUAGGCAGCCUGGAUGCGGCAUCGGAGGAGAUGAUCAUGUUGAACAAUAGUACGAGUAUGAUGCACAUGCACGGACACGGACACGGAGAUGGUUUUGAUGAUCUUGUUCAACAAGGUGGUGCGCCUCUACAACAAAGAAGGAGCAUCGAUGUUUCCUACUGCGGCGGUUCGCAGAGGGAGUUUUUCAACCUCUCAGGUAGGAGCGAUUCUAGUACUCACUAUCUUUUACGCGCAGACGAUGGUCACAACGUGGUAGAUUGGCAGAAGGACACGCAUUUCUCCAAUACGAGUACGAGUAGCCUUGGCUAUAGUGCCUUUGGACACAUUGAUGCUGCCCAGGGUGGACAAAAGAGGCCAAAUCGCUGGCUAAGUGGCAACUUUGGAAAACGAAAGAGUGGACGAAGAAGAGCGCGAUCGUCUGAAGAUCUCGGAAGAACUUCGUUGUCACCUCGCUUUUUUAUGCAAGGAAGUCUACUAUUUCUAUCACUAUCAGCAUUCUCUGAAGUCACUCCUUGACCACUUCUAUUACUUCCAUAGCAUGAUCAUCUUCAUCACUACAUUAUAUAUAAAACAAAUUCUAAGUAGGCUAACCAAAGCAAUCAGAGGCACAAGUACCACGCAGCCUUCGAAGAUGAGUCCCGGACUCGCAGACGGCGGAGGAGGUCUAGGGCAUCUUUUCUAGAUGAAGACCUUCAAAGAGACGACGAGGACCUCCGUCGUUUCUCUCCUACUCGACAUGCCCUCUCUCUAGAGCAUCAACACUCGUGGUCUCAGCUGGGCGCCUCUACCUUUGAGUUGACGAAAACAGGAGAGGGAAAGGAGUUGCUAAAAUCCAAUCAGCAUCAACAUCAAUCGUCUACGUCGGUGGUGAAUGCGCCAGGAGCAGGAGGAGCUCCUGGAAAUACGACACUUGUUGGUGCUGCCUCCUGUACGACUUCUCCGAAUUUCUUGCGCAUGACAAAGGGAGUCCCACCUGAAGCUUCGCCUUACGAGUACGCAUUGCAUGUUCGUGAUAUCUCUCCACUCAAAAGCAUCCACGACAGUCCAAUCGGACCUGAGUGGCCAGGUGCUUCUAGAAUCGACCUCGCAGCUUCUCGUGGAGGCGGUGAAGUUGCGCUUUUGCUAGAGGAGCCACGCGACAUAACCGAUAGCAGCUUUGUGGUCACGCAGAAAGACAUGUUGGAAAGACUUGAGAAUUCCGCUGCCUUCCACGUAGCUGGCGAGCCGCACAGUCGCCAUUAUGCCGCACACGGACACGCAGGUAUGUAUCGUUUACCUAGCGUGCACGAGACCGACUUCAGGGCUGAGCGAGAUCGCAUAUCCAACGCUUUGUUUAGCGAGGCAGAUAUGUCGCGUUUGGCCGCUGCGGGGCCCCCGUGGUUGGGCCGUCCGGGACCCCAGAAUUUGGUGGGAAAGACGUUAGGAGUUGGUUGAAAAGUAGAUGGGUGGAGAUGUCAGAGUAGUUUUAGUUAGAGGCUGUCCAAUGGUGGAAUUCUAGAAGAUGAUGUGCUGCACUGUUUGUUCUACUUCGUGUCAUGAUUAAACCGCAUCGAUCUGCAAGAACAUCAACACACAUUGCUUUGAUUUUGAAAAGCAUUCUUCGAUUAAUUUUAAGGAAAAACUUGAGAUAAGCAUUUCUAAGAUCGUCCACAGCAGAGGAUCCUCCUUCCGGUAGCUCGACAUCUCUCACCUCCACUCGUCGAAAAGAGGAGCAGCAUCAUGGCGAUCAUAAGGGAGAGCAGCAAGAGGGUAGCAGCAAGAAGGUGACAGAUCAGGAGUCUAUUAAUCGUUUCACCGACGCUGCGAACAAUCCGACAACUAAAGACGUGCUAGACGCCUACGCAGAGGGUGGGCAUGCUCCUUUUGGCAACAGUAUGGUUUCCAGAAAACAGAUAGUGCAAGAUGCAAAGAGACGAUCAGUGUCUGCUUUUGAGGAGGAGAAAGAAAGACAGCGACAAGGCAUCCGAAAGCAGAUCAUCCAUCAUGCUCGUGUUGGACUUCGUGCCGAGGAAGAGGAAGCAUUGAAAGCUGAAAGUGAUACUGUGCAAGCCAAUCGCUUGUCCCUACUAGCAGAGCCGCCUCUUCAGCGCAAAUUAGCUGAAGUUUCAAAUGCAGCAGGAUCGUCAAGAGGCAGCAGUCGCCUUAGCUUUAAAAACACUGGAGCGGAAGUUACGCAAUCCACGCUUCAUCUUUGAGAACGUCGAUCUUGGUCCCCGCUUUCUCUUUGAAAACGGGGACGAAGAUGCGGCUGGGGAUGGAUUUGUGGUAGAUCUAACGAAGGUGGAGCAGGAGGAGCUUCUAGCAAGAAUCCAGCAGGAGUCGGUAGUCUCGACCUUCCACCUGAAGGUGCCGGUAGUCCUGGUAGCGCAGCUGGAGAACCUCGAGGCCCUUUGUCAGCCAUUCCAGAAGGAGCCACAACAGCGACAAAUAUUACGGUCAAUAGAAGUGGUUCGAAAGAGGCGAAGGUUAGCCGAAGUGGAUUCAGGGAGGCGCCAGCAGAGGCGAGAUCGCCAGAGAAGACAAGCGGCAUAGUGUCUCCGGGAAAAGUCUUCAUCCACCACGAGGAUGACGAAGUCCUGGAGGACACCUCUCCCACUGGACGCACUGAGCAUGCGAGAUUACUGGAGUACAUGGAACUCGAUAAGUUAAGAUCAUUCGGUCGUCGGCGUGCAUGCCAUCUCCUCGAGUAG